AUGGCUGCAGUUCCGACCAGUGCCACAACUUCUAGUCUACCUAAGCCAAAGGGAACCGUCGGCAACCAGCCGCCCGCCGGCGCUGGGGAGGAAGGCGACGAUGAGGACGACGUGCGCCUCGACGUUGCGUUCAUCCAAGGCUUUGCAAGGUAUGCUGUGACUACAGGCUAUGCUAAUAGCUUCAGCAAAAUUCAGCUCGCUCCAUCUGAGAUUGUCGAUGGGGCAGAGGUCCAACGGCCAAAAAUCACCAUUCCGAAGCGGGGUGAGAAAGAUUUCGAGCCCUUACAGGAAACUGUCAACCUGCAGGAAAUGAUGCUGCAAAAUAGUCGCCAAGCCCUCUUCGAUGCGCUCCAAGGAGUGCGCGGAAUGUCUUCCAAGUCUCUCUCACACGCGAUCAUCACACCUCAAUCUCCAUACCCCCGGCUGGUCGUUGCUCGUGGCCAUGUUCUCGACACAAUGGGCAUCUCCGUCCGUUCGACCUGUGGCGGUGGCGGCAAGACCGCCGCUCGGGUUCACUUGCUACCUGAGGAAGCAAUCUAUCUUACGGAGAGAGGAUCGCUUCAAAUCUGGAACGGUCGUGCCCCGGCCAAUGCUCGCGAGGAGGAGGAGGAGGGCAUCGGAGCCUGGAGUGACGAAGAGUUCGGCAUCAAGGGAGCCGUAGAAAUGAGCGUUAUGGAGGUGUACGGCGCUUUCAUGGGAAUGGACGGCUUGACAUGGCAACGGUAUCAGCGAGUGAGGCGCUUCAUUCCCUCUUACUUCCUGACGCCGGAAUAUUCGCUGUCAAAACCUCCUGGGGGCUCUUUGGGACUUUCUGUCCGGACGGCUGGUGCAGCUUUGGCGCGUAUCGCCCGAACAGUAUUCGACGGCGCCCUUUUCCCCGUCCACCUUGUGACUCGCAUCGGGCUCGCGCUCGCACGGCCGCUUGUAACCACUGGCCUUCAUAAUUGGCAUGGCCAGACUUACUGUCAUCAGAACCCAGUACCCCUGCGGCCAGUGUUUGAGGAGGCCUCCGUAUACGACAGCCUCGUCCGUAACCCUUACCUUCCGUUCUAUCACGUAUGGAAGCCCGCAACAACGUGGAGUAAGAACAGCUGGGACAAGGGUAGUGCAGAGGGGCUUUAUCGACAGAAGCCCGAAUCUCGUGAUACUCCGUUCCCUACCCUGGGGCAGCUCGACGAAGUCUUCAACAUACUUCCUGAUGAGCCGACUGGCCCCGCCAAUCGCGUCGGACCCCAGUACAACAAGCCGAAUACGCAACCGCGUCCCGCAGACGGCCAGCAUCGCUCUUUCUUCCAGCGGGUGCUGGUGUCAUUAGGGCUGCAACCUGCACCAUCCAAGCGUAAUCCGAACCCGAUGGGCGUGCUCCGCAACGGUGACCGCGCCCUUGUGGUCGCUGUGAAUGACUGUGGCAACACCGGUUGGAUUAGAUUUGGGAGGUCCGGAUUCGAGAGCAUUUCCAUGGUGUGA